GGAGGGAAGGGUGGAGGGUAGACAGAGAAGAGAUACUGCCUCUCAUUGUGCUCCCUCUGGCUGGAAGGAGAACAAGUUGAGAGGACACGAAAGAAGUCGGAGAUAUUUUGGUCCCUGGUUUUGGUUUUUGGAUUUAGUGAGGAUAUGAAGCUUCUCCUCCGAGCUCUGAGUGCUCUGCUCUGCUGCUCGUUGGCCUCCUCUCACACUCUGGAUCCCGCUGGGAAGAACGUCUGCCACAAUAUCAGGGACCCUUCCACCCCGGUCUGUUGCACUGGAUGGCGUCAAGAGGGAAAAGAGUGCACUAUACCUGUGUGUGAGGGUGAGCAGGCCUGCCUGAAGGAUGAGAUCUGUAUGUUUCCUGGAGUGUGUCGCUGCCCAGCUGGCUACUACGGAGCUCACUGUAAAACACGCUGUCCUCUUGAGUUCUGGGCUCCAGACUGUCGCAAGAUAUGCCCGUGCCACCCAUAUGGCCGCUGUCACCCCAUCACUGGUGAGUGCACCUGCAACGCCAACCGCUGGGGGCCGCAGUGCCAGUACACCUGCAAGUGCACCCGGCACGGCCACUGCCACCCCAUCCAUGGAAACUGCACGUGCGACGAGGGCUGGUGGACGCCGACCUGCUCCAAGCCGUGCCAGUGCGUCAGCGGGGGAUCUGUGGGCCCCGGCUGCGACCAGCUGACAGGCCGGUGUCAGUGCCAAGGGGGCCACUGGGGGCUGAAAUGUUCUGGCUCUUGCAACUGCUACCUGUCGCCAUGUAAUCAGCGUACCGGUGUAUGUAACUGCGAGUCAGGCUGGUGGGGACCCAGCUGUGACCGGCGAUGUAACUGUGACCUCACACACAGCCGCUGUGACCAGGCCAACGGGCAGUGCCUGUGCCACCCGGGGUACCAGGGUCUCUUCUGCAACCAGCCCUGUGAAGCUGGGAAGUAUGGCAGUGGUUGUAAAAUGAGUUGUGGUUUCUGUAAAGACCACCAGCUCUGCUCUGCCACCGACGGUGCCUGUGCUGCCUGUGAGCCCGGCUGGAACGGUACACAAUGCGACAGCCCGUGCCCAUCUGGUUUUUAUGGCGACGGCUGCCAGGAGAAGUGUCCACGCUGCAGGAAUAAUGAACCCUGUGACCCAAAAACUGGGAAAUGUUGGAGGUGUGACACUGGAUGGACCGGACCCAGGUGUGAGGAGGCCUGCUCUAACAGGACGUUUGGAGACGCCUGCAGCUUCCUGUGUAGCCCUUGUUUCCACGGUAACUGCCAUCAUGUGACAGGAAGAUGUGUCUGUCAGCCAGGCUUUCAGGGAGAGAGCUGUAACAGUAGCUGCCCUGCCCUGCAGUUCGGCCUCAACUGUUCCUCUGUCUGUGACUGUGGCGAGGGGGUCCAGUGCAACCCAGUCACUGGUGUCUGCCCCAACAGUAUCAGAGGUUCUGUACUAGCUGGUGUGCUGGUUCCUUUGCUCCUGUUGCUCCUCGCUGUGCUCUGCUGCUGUUUGUGUUGUGGAGGAGGUCCCGUUGAUGGAAAAGACGGGGCAACUGUGGUUGAUGGAGGCUUGUCAGUUCGGAUGAAGUAUCACGUCUACAGCGUCCUGGCUAACAUCGGUUCUGCUCUUCCCUGUAUCUCUGAUUGGUCUUCUGGCCUGCCUCGUGUCACCGUAUCUCACCAUGACCCAGAGCUGACGUUCAACCACAGCUUUAUUGAGCCUCCUUCCUCUGGCUGGGUGACUGAGGGGUCGUCCUUCGACACUGACGAGGAGGAGGGAGAGGCGCUCUACUGUGUCCCUCCAAGAGAAGACAUCCCGGCGAUGGCGGGCGGCGAGUUCCAGGAGAUGAGUUCGAAGUGUAACAUGUUCUUAGACCCAUCCGGCUUCAGCAGUGAGGACAUCACCUCGCCCUUUAACAUCCCUCGCACCUCCAGCAUCGCCAAGUCCAAGAGGCCGUCUGUCUCUUUUGCUGAGGGCACCCGCUUCAGUCCCAAGGAGAGACGUGGCUCAGCUCAGGACCCCAGCGCUCUCCCGGGACACCCACGCAACAAACCCAAGUCACCCUGGGGGGUUCUGAUGCUGUCUGCACUCCAAAGUCAGGGAAGUGCAACUAAAACUGGGGAGGAAGAUGGAGGUGAGGGUGAGGAGAAGGAGGAUGAAGUGGAUGUGCAGGCGACAGACAAUCAGGAAUCAAACGGUGAUGUAGGGGACCAGGAAAUAGACAGAACGCCAACCCGGGCCACGCUUCAGGUCCCCGGGGCAUCCGGACGAAGACGGACAAUGUCCAACACAGCUGCUAAUAAAGGGACCCAGCUGCCCACAUCUGCCUCUGAUGCUCAGGCAGGGCUCCCAGAUAAGGUCACCACAGUGUACGUGACAGUGGGUAAGGCGGGUAAGCCUGUGUCGACCUCUGAAGGCCCCGUUCAGGCCAUGCUACGACGACUCGGCAGCCUCCAGAGACAAAGGGAGCAGGAAUCUGGCAGGCCGAAGCCUAAGGCAGCUGAAGGGAUUACCAAACCGCCCAGAAAGAAGCUCGGAACUCGGGCGAGUGUGUGGGAGCAGGGAGGGCCGACUGGAAGGGAGGCAGGCAUAUGUAAACCAAUCAGGAGAAAGCAUGCUUCUCUCAACUCCCCUGAUGCAGCUGCUGUUGGUGACACUCCCUCGUCAGAGAGCGCCACUCCAAAAAGGCCACUGUCAUCCAUUUUGAAGAGCGUACCAGAGUUGGCUUCAGCCGACUCGGGGUCAGAUCUGAGGGCUGAGGGAGACUCACAGCAGGGUUUUGACCCCAGUACAGUAAGAAUUGAGAGCAACUACCAGACUGUGGGACCAGCAGGAGACGCCGCGAGUCUCACUGAGGUAAUCGCCAAUGAAGGUGCAGAGCCCUGCUAUGAAAACGUCAUGAUUAAACCCUCAUAACCUCAGAGAAGACUGCACGUCAGCAGGUCUGCACAUUUAUUAUCCUGCAGUUAUAAUGUAAAGGCACAAAGGGAAAAACCUCGUUACUACUGUAAAUCUGAGUCUGUUACAGGUCUGAGAUUCUUGAAUUAUGUUGUUAUUUGUUACAUAGUCAUUAACAAAUAUAGCUCGCAUAUUGACUGAUAAAUGCAGCAUUUGUUAUUAUUAAAAAAAACUCAAAUUCUUCAAAAGCUUAAAUUGUGUAGAAUAUAGAUAAAAACAUAUAGUUUUGAAAUAAUAUGAAAUAAUAUGAGGUGGGGUAUCUCCCAACAAUACCACUGGUUGCCUUCAGUAUCUCAAGUUUAAUAUGAACAUGAGCAUUGGGAAGGUUUGCUCCAGUGAUGCAUGUUGUUACUGUAUUACAUGCAAUAUCUGGGCCUGGACUCAGAAAGGAUGAAUAGACAUACAGACUGGACAAAGAACAUCUGGGUUGUUUAAGGAAGACCAGAGGAAACAGUGGAAGAGUAAGUCAUCAUUAAAUGUGUCCUCAAUUCAAGCAAAAACAGAUAUAAUUUAAGCAGGAGAAUAAGAUUUGAGUCUGCUGCUGUACUUAUGUUUUUAUUUGUCACAGAUAAAAAUACAAGAACAGAAGUAAGAACAGACUGUAACAGUUUGUGAAUAUGCAAUAAAUGACUCAGUACACAGUACAGCCGAUAAAUAUCUGCCAGAAACCACUAACAUUCAACAGGGUUGCUUUGUCACUGUAUUAUAUUUGCCUUUUAUACCAGUCAGUAGAAAACUGACUUUCACAUCUACGACCUAAAGUCAGAGUGCCCUCAAUCAUGAACCCUCCUGUCACUGCCCUUUGACCUCUGCUGUGACAGUCACACAAUGCUGCUGUUGGGUAAAACCCACAUUAUUGCAAUUUAGGGAUUUUUAUUCUCAUUACUAAAGGGAACAUCUGUAUGACCAUACGUCAGGAUCUAAUGACCCUUUUGUGCAUGAAACCUCCAGUAUGUCCAGAGUUUUAUAUGUUAUGUACAUAUUUUAUAUUUUCAUAUUCACUGUAUAAAUGUUCACAAUUAAUAAUGAAAAUAAACUUUUUGAAAUGUGUGGAUAUGUGAUUUAGAAAACAUUACUGUCUGUGUGGGUCUCUGAAUGCAGUGGUGGAAGAAGUGCUCACGUCUUUAACUACUACAAGGAGUUUU